AUGUUUUGUCACCGUUGUCUUGGCGUUCUUCUCCCGUGCCGAUCCUUCCCUUUCUGUCUCCCCCACAUCCUCCCUCGUUUCGAUUUCGCUUUCGCUGGCAGAUCCGAGUGAUCUGAGCGCCGAGCCUCUGCCAAAUCGUUGAUUCAUUGGGAGAUUUCUGGUGCGGAGUUGCCGGCAGCAGUAGGAGCUUCCUGAGGGUACCGGUGAUUGGCUUGGGAUUGGGGUUUUGGGUGCAAGAAUGGACGCGCUGAGGAAGCAGGCCAGCAAGCUGCGGGAGCAGGUUGCCAAGCAGGCAGUGUUAAAGCAGUUUAGUACGAGUGGUUAUGAGAGCUCUGAUGUGAUGGUUAUUGAUGAAGUUGAAUUGCAGAGACAUCAACAACUAGAAAAGUUAUAUAAGUCUACUCGUGAAGGAAGGGAUUUUCAGAAAGAUAUUGCUCGUGCAGCUGAAGUCUAUGCAUCGAUAGGGCAUAAACACAUUGAAAUUGGGACAAAACUGUCAGAAGAUUGCUAUAGAUAUGGAGGUGAGAAUCAUGCUAGCGGUGCAAUUUUAGCCAAAGCAGCAGCUUUAUAUGGUGGUUCACUAAGAAAUGUCACGAAGGAGCAUGAAGAUUUUGGUUCCUUUCUAUCUUCACAGAUUAUAGAACCAUUAAAAGCAAUGGCUACUGGUGCUCCACUGGAAGAUGCUCGUGGUCUUGCUCAACGUUAUAGUCGCUUGAGACAUGAGGCUGAGACCCUGGCAGCAGAAAUUUCGAGAAGGCACUCUCGAGUAAGAGAAUCUCCCAUUCUGGAAAAUACUGCAAAACUUCAAACUUCUGAAGCUAAAAUGCGUGAACUGAAAGCAAACAUGGCAGUUUUGGGAAAGGAAGCGGCUGCUGCAUUAGCUGCUGUCGAAUCACAACAGCAAAGACAGACAUUUCAGCGUAUACUUAACAUGGUAGAGGCAGAAAAAUCAUUCCAUCUAAGAGUUGCUGCUAUACUUGAUGAUUUUGAAGCUGAGAUGGUCACUGAAAAACAACAAAAGGUGUCUGCACUUCCUUCUGUUCCUUCCCAUAAUCGUUCUGAGAAGGCCUUAUAUUUUCUUGCUGAGGCUAUGUAUCAUUUCAAUGCUACUUCUGAAAAGGAAUUAAGCUUGGUGGUGGGUGACUAUGUUGUUGUACGGCAGGUGUCUCCAUCAGGAUGGUCCGAAGGAGAAUGCAGAGGCAAGGCAGGUUGGUUUCCAUCAGCAUACGUGGAGAAACGCGAAAACAUCCCUCCCAACAAGGUCUUCUCCCAAGUAUACUAAUCUCGGAUGCUGUUUCAACUUGUUGGUUGCAUUCGAGAAGUUUAGUUAUGACUUGAAGAAUGGAUCCUCAUAUUCAUCUGGGCUAGCCGCUAGAGACUUCCGAAAGAUGUUAGCGAUUCUUUUUCUGUAAGAAAUGGAUUAUGAUGAUAUUAUGAUUCCAGUUAUUUUUGUAUGGGAUUGAAAUUUGAAGUCAUAACAGUUCCUGUUGUAUCAGUAUUGCCAUUUGAGCCUUUUGAAGAACAUACAUACUGAUCUA